GGAGUUUGCAUUGGCCAGCCCCCAGCCCCCACUCCAGUCCCCCAGCUUCAAAACCCUAAACCCCAAAGCAAACACUCCAAGGCUCUUCUCUGCUCGCUGAGUAGUAUCCUCCCCGCUCUCUCGGGACCAUUCCUCUUUGCGAACCAAUAACAAUGCACCGCUUUGCCAGCGGCCUUGCCUCCAAAGCCAGGUUGGCUAAUAACAUUAACCAUAGGAUUGGUAGUGGAUUGAGUUGGAGCCGAAACUAUGCUGCGAAAGACAUUAAAUUCGGGGUCGAAGCUCGUGCUUUGAUGCUUAGGGGUGUAGAAGAGCUCGCUGAUGCAGUUAAAGUGACUAUGGGGCCGAAAGGUCGCAAUGUUGUUCUGGAACAAAGUUUUGGGGCCCCUAAAGUAACAAAAGAUGGUGUUACUGUAGCAAAGAGUGUGGAAUUCCAAGACAGAGUCAUGAAUAUUGGUGCUAGUCUUGUAAAACAAGUUGCAAACGCUACAAAUGAUGUUGCAGGCGAUGGCACCACUUGUGCGACAGUACUCACUCGUGCAAUAUUUACUGAAGGAUGCAAGUCAGUGGCUGCUGGAAUGAAUGCCAUGGACUUAAGACGUGGAAUCUCAAUGGCAGUUGAUGCUGUUGUGACAGACUUGAAAAGCAGAGCCCGGAUGAUUAAGACAUCUGAAGAAAUAGCACAGGUUGGGACUAUAUCAGCUAAUGGGGAAAGAGAGAUAGGGCGGCUAAUAGCCAGUGCUAUGGAGAGAGUUGGCAAAGAGGGUGUUAUUACUAUUUCUGAUGGGAAGACCCUUUUUAAUGAACUGGAGGUUGUUGAGGGAAUGAAGCUGGAUAGAGGUUAUAUUUCACCUUAUUUCAUCACCAAUCAGAAGAACCAGAAAUGUGAGCUAGAAGAUCCGCUCAUAUUGAUCCAUGAAAAGAAAAUCUCAAAUAUAAAUGCUAUAGUUAAAGUAUUAGAGAUGGCCUUGAAGACACAAAGACCUUUAUUAAUUGUUGCUGAAGAUGUGGAAAGUGAAGCACUGGCUACCCUUAUUUUGAACAAGCUUCGUGCUGGAAUCAAGGUUUGUGCCAUUAAAGCCCCUGGGUUUGGAGAAAACAGGAAGUCUGGUCUGCAGGACCUUGCCAUUCUCACAGGAGGCGAGGUAAUAACUGAAGAGCUUGGUCUCAACCUUGAAAAGGUGGGACCAGAAGUGUUUGGUUCAUGCAAAAAGGUUACGGUGUCAAAGGAUGAUACUAUCAUUCUUGAUGGGGCUGGGGACAAGAAAGGCAUUGAAGAAAGAAGUGAACAGCUGAGAUCUUCGAUUCAACUGAGCACUUCUGAUUAUGACAAGGAAAAGUUAGAGGAGCGCCUUGCGAAGCUUUCUGGUGGUGUUGCUGUUUUAAAGAUUGGAGGAGCUAGCGAAGCAGAAGUUAGUGAGAAGAAGGAUAGAGUAACUGAUGCUCUAAAUGCCACCAAGGCUGCUGUAGAGGAAGGGAUUGUACCUGGUGGUGGUGUUGCACUUCUAUAUGCUUCAAAAGAGCUGGACAAGUUGGAAACUGCAAACUUUGACCAAAAGAUUGGCGUGCAGAUUAUCAAGAAUGCUCUCAAGAUGCCUGCCUACACAAUUGCUUCUAAUGCUGGAGUUGAGGGGGCAGUUGUCGUUGGUAAGCUGUUGGAGCAAAAUGAUCCUGACCAGGGAUAUGAUGCAGCUGCAGAUAAAUACGUGAACAUGAUAGAGGCAGGAAUUAUUGAUCCACUGAAAGUCAUCAGAACAGCCUUGGUUGAUGCUGCUAGUGUAUCAUCGUUAUUGACAACAACGGAGGCAGUUGUCACUGAGCUUCCCAAGGAUGAGAAGGAAGUCCCAGCUGCGGGAGGUGGUGGUAUGGGAGGUGGCAUGGGCGGCUUCGGUUAUUGAAACUUUCAGCAUCUUGGUCAGAUGCUAUGACAUGAAAUUUAUGACACAGCAUAAUCUAUUUCCCCUUGUCCGACUCCCACCUGCUCUGCAUGGAGGGAUUCAUAAUUUUUGAUGCAGUUAGUGGCAAAGACGGUCUUUCUUUUCCAUUCUUUGGUUUCGAUAUUUUAAUUGUAGCAAUAAUAGUUUGACAACUAAAUGCCAAUUCAUCAAGUCGAUUUUAAAUUUUCCUCAA